AUGGCCCCCCUUGCUCAUCAGAUACGACCGGUGAUCUCACGCUGUACACCACGCGGCAGGAGGUCCAUCACCACCAACGCAACCGACGCAGCAUCAAAACUCCUCGAGACCUUUGCCGGGAAAGAUGUCACGCGCAAACAACUCUUCGAUUCCAAUCAGUUGCAGCGCCUCAGCUUGACACUCAAUCGCAAAGAGCUGCAUCCAGGAAUCGACGUCUCCGCUGAACCGCCCAAAGAAGGCACGCCACUCCCACCCGGGUAUCACCUUGUUUAUUUCACACCAACAGGUGUUGAAAGCGAAUUGGGCAUGGACGGAACGGACAAGACGUUCAAUGCGCCAGCACCGUUCACGCGGCGGAUGUGGGCUGGCGGGAAGAUGCAGUUCAUUGAGGGGACCUCGCUGAAAGUUGGCGAAGAGGUUGAAGAGCGCACGAGGCUUGUUGGCGCAACGCCGAAGAAGAGCCGCAGCGGUGACGAGAUGGUUCUCGUGGACGUUGAAAAGGAGUUUUGGGGACGGGACGGGCUGGUUGUUAAGGACCAGAGGUCAUGGAUCUUCCGCCCAGAAGUCAACGUUUCUUUGGCUGCAAAGACUGCUCCUCCGCGAUCUAACCGGCAACCGUCUUUUGGGCCGUCAACCAUCACGGAUGAGAAGGGUUCAGACGGCGGUGUCCUUCGGCGUCUUCGAUGGUCACCCGUUGGCCUCUUCCGGUUCUCGGCUCUUACAUUUAAUGGCCAUAUGAUCCACUACAACGAGCCUUGGACGAAGGAUAUUGAGAGGCAUCCCGAAGUUGUGGUCCAUGGACCCUUGAACCUGAUCAACAUGCUUGACUACUGGAGGGAUGUCUACGGGCAAGAUGGCAGGGAAGUGCGACAAGUUGGAUAUAGAGCAAUGUCACCACUCUAUGCCGGCGAUGAGUACACAAUCCGUACGGCGUCUGUGAAAGAUGAUGAGACGUACGAGGUUCUAGUAGAGAAGGGCAGCACGUUGUGCAUGAAGGGUGAAAUUAUGGGCAGCUGA